AUGGGCGGGUUUCUCCACCGCCGAGUCUCACAUAACCCGCCCCAGCGCGGCGGAUAUGCGCACACUCAUUUUCUCCUUUCCCCAUUUGGGCAGCGACAGCAGGCCGUAAAACUGCACGAGGAAGAAGAAGCAAAAAAAAAAUCCGCUGGCCGGGGCCUUUCGCAAUGGCACUGGCGCAUUGAGCAAGAUUGUUCUGUACCCAAUGCUGCCCUUUUGGCGCUUAGCACUGGGUGUUCCUCCCCAAAGGCUCGUGGAAAUCCUGGGUUGCACGGCACUCUGAAGGAGGCCAUUGGGUGGCGCAGGGCUUCUGAGACAAACGCCUUGUUCGGUUCCAUGUUUGCCGCUGGUGUGCUGUUCCCCAUGGUUAGUAAAACAUAA